AUGUCUGACACACCUUCUCUUAAUAUAGCCUUAAUCGCCGAACAACGGUCGACCUUCCACAACCAAGGUUAUUCGGAAGAAGAAUGUGCAGCUUUACCACACAACGGUGAAGUCGAUACUGUGUUGUCUACCCUGCGAGAGCUUGGGCAUCAUGUCACACUAGUCCCAGGACUCCAAUCCCUUGUCAAACACCUAGCGGCUGGUACAUACAAGGAUUGGGAUCUGGCAUUUAACAUCGCACAAGGAUUUCAUGGGCCAUCCAGGGAAGCCCAGGUUCCAGCGCUGUUAGAUGCCUACCAAUUACCUUACACUUUUUCUGACGCUGCCACGAUGGCGCUUUGUCAGAACAAGGUCCAUACCAAGAUCAUUCUAGCUCAUCAUAACAUACCCACCGCUCCAUUCGCGGUGAUCUCACGGAAGGAUCAGGAAGUGAAACUUGAGAAACUUAACAAUAUGUUACCGCACUAUCCACUCUUUUUAAAGCCAGUUAUCGAAGGAUCGUCUAAAGGGAUCGACAGAUUUAACAAAGUGACAGAACCUGCAGAGUUAGGAUCGGCAGUCAAAAAGCUAAGAUCAAAAUUCCCCGACCAAGAUAUCCUGGUCGAGCCUUUUCUAUCCGGACGGGAGCUUUCGGUGAGCAUUCUGGGAACUGGUGUCCAGAGUUAUGUGGUUGGCGUCAACGAGCUCCUGUGGCAAAGUCCUUCCAGUAAGAGUAACGGAAGUAACGGAAGCUCCAGCAGUUUAGAGUUUGCCAGCAGAAAGAGCAAGUGCAGCGACGCAAACAUGCUGGUAGGACGGAAUGACCCUGGGCUUAUGACUGAACCACAGGUCAAGGUUGCCUGCCAGGUUGCAUUGGACGCUUGGAGAACUUUGGGCUGCCGCGAUGCUGGGCGUGUCGACAUUCGAUUUAACUCCAAUGAGCACGAUGCUGUCCCUAACAUUCUAGAGCUGAAUCCUAUUUCCGGCCUUCUUCCCGGUCAUUCUCCGUUGCCGUUGAGUGCCGAAGAGAAUGGGGUUCCAUACCAAAGUCUGUUGGCAACAAUUAUCCAAAGUGCUGUCACCAGAAAGCCUGCUUGCAUUCUUAGCUAG